AUGUCUGGUUUAAAUGAACUUGUUAUGGCCAAAAAUCAACUUGAAGGUCCUAUUCCAGUCGAGUGGUGCAAAAUUGUUAAGCUUUCAUUUCUUGACCUUUCCGAGAACAAUCUAUCCGGCUCUAUUCCAUCUUGCUUCAAUUCAUCAUAUAUUAGAUCAGUUUAUCUGAAUAAAAAUUGGUUGAGCGGUCCAAUUCCAUGUGCGUUCAAAAACAACUCUAAUCUAGUUACAUUAAAUCUUCGAGAUAACUUCCUAAUUGGAAACAUUCCUGAUUGGAUCGGCAACCUCUCAUCCUUGAGCAUUCUUCUUUUGAGAGAGAAUCAUUUAGAAGGUAGGAUUCCAAAUCAAUUAUGCCUUUUGCAAAACUUAAACUUGUUGGAUCUUUCCUACAAUAAAUUUUCAGGUACAAUACCACAUUGCUUGAGUAACAUUACUUUAGUGGCAUCCUCCGAAAAGCCUAUUUUUGGAGGUUUCUGGGCAGGGCUUUCUAGUUACCAAAUUAGAAUGCCAUACUUGAAGACAAAAUCAACAAAUAUGAAAGACUGGAAUCCUACGGGUGAUUUUAUGAUAGAUGUCAGUGAGACAGAUGAAGCAGAGUUCACAACAAAGAAUAGAAUUGACUCCUAUCAUGGAGACAUUCUCAACUAUAUGGUUGGAAUUGACCUCUCAUGCAACAAGUUAGUAGGUGAAAUCCCACCUCAACUUGGAAUGAUGAGCACCAUCCGGGCAAUGAACUUAUCACACAACAGUCUAACUGGACCAAUCCCUACAACAUUCUCAAACUUGAAGCUGAUGGAGAGUUUGGAUCUUUCCUAUAACAAUUUAAGUGGUAAAAUUCCACCUGAAUUGACUGAAAUUACCUAUCUAGAAGUCUUCAGUGUGGCACAUAAUAACUUAUCAGGUACAACACCAGAAAGAAAAAAUCAAUUCGGGACUUUUGAUGAAAGUAGUUAUGAGGGUAACCCUCUUUUGUGUGGACCUCCAUUACAUGAUUGCACCAAAAUUGGACCUCCUUCUACAAUGCUAGUGGAUCAUGAUGGGGAAGAUGGGGGUAGUUUCAUUGACAUGGCUGUCUUCUACAUAAGCUUUGUGGUGGUUUACAUAACAGUGUUGUUGGGACUUGUUGCAGUUCUCUACAUAAAUCCUUACUGGCGUAGGGCGUGGUUUAACUUCAUUGAGGUGUGCGUUGACAAUUGCUACUGUUUUGUUGUGGUUCAUUACCGUAAGUUGUUCAAUUUCAGGCUUGCAUAGCCUUGCAUUUUAAUGGUUACAUGUAUGUGUGUCUC